AUGCAAAGGCCUUUUGUGACGUCAUCGGCCGCGGGCCGGGAACGCAGAGGUCGGCGUCCUCUACCACCACCUCGGCAGCCGCCACCACCGCCGCUGUCCUCGCCGCCGCCCCCACUUACACCACUGCUUUGGCCUGCUCCGCCGCCGCCCCCACCGGCAACUCCAUCGCUGCCUCUGUGGGGGCUUCCGCCUCUUUUGCAUAAUCUAAGCCCUCAGCCUCGGAGAAAAAGCCGUACAGAGUUUGUUUCGCUGGCCCGGGGCGCAGGCAUGGCUGAUGGCGCUAUUAAUCCGGCCUCACUUCCUCCCGGCGACCCUCAGCUCAUUGCUCUCAUCGUGGAGCAGCUCAAGAGCCGGGGCCUGUUUGACAGCUUCCGCCGGGACUGCCUGGCAGACGUGGACACCAAGCCAGCUUACCAAAACCUGAGGCAGAAAGUGGAUAAUUUUGUGUCAACACAUCUGGACAAGCAGGAAUGGAAUCCUACAAUGAACAAGAACCAGUUGCGAAAUGGUCUGAGACAGAGUGUGGUUCAGUCAGGGAUGUUGGAAGCAGGAGUGGACAGGAUUAUAUCUCAGGUUGUGGAUCCAAAACUAAACCACAUCUUCAGGCCACAGAUAGAACGAGCAAUUCAUGAGUUCCUGGCAGCCAAGAAAAAAGAAGCUGUGCCGGCGCCCCCUCCAGAGCCUGAAAGCCAGGACCCUCCAGCUCUGUCCCAAGAUGCUUCCUAAGAACAGACCUGAUACCUUUUGAAAGUUCCAUUUAAUUAAUGGUGAAGAAAUGGAUUCCUGCUACCUAAGAGUACCACUUCAGUUGGCCAGGAUUACCACUGAUUUCAAGAUCUCUGCUUUGACCAUGGUGCAGUGUCCAGCUUGAACAAGGAGCAAGUCUGGCAGUGAGAAAGUUGUUACUGUGCCCUGCUUUGUGCCGCCACCUGACCGGCCUGUCCAACAUUGUUAUACUUGGUAGACACUACAGAAUUAUAAACACUACAGCAACCUAAUGGGGUCCUGAGAUGAACUUUUAUACUUGAACAUGGAGAACUGCACAUGGGUUUUAGAGUUUGUACUCUCAGAUAAACAGAAACUAUAAUGAAAGAACGUAGUUAGUCCCAAAGGUAACUUCAAAGCAUAAGGACAGUACUCUUAGCUGGGAGUAGAUACUUGACAUUGCUUACUUGAUACUGUGUCUCAGAG